CUCUUGGCUGCCCUGGGCCAAUAGGAUAAAAAUGUCAAUACUAUCGCUAAUUUACACUAAAAAUGUUAGUCCAAAUGAUCAAAGGAUUAUAUGACUUGAUAAAAUAAUAAAAUCAAUUUGGAGAGGUAUUUAAAAUACUAUAUGUCAGUUGUGCUAAGCACUGGUUGUAUACAAAAAGAGCAAAAGAGUCUCUGCAAUCAAGGAAAGUCUAAUGAAAGAAGCAACAUGAAAACUAUAUGUAAAGGGCUGAAACUCCAAAAAGGUAUUCUUGAAUCAUUCAACCAAACACUUAAGGCUGAUUAUCUGUUCGAUGUGAGACAACGACUCUAUGGAUAAAUUGCUCUUCUCACCAUUGGUGCUUGCUGAAUGUUUGGUGUUAAGAUAAUGAUAGGCAAGGAUUGGAGGUCAGAAGGAGAGGGCCAGAGAGGCACUUGGUGGCAGAACAAGGAGGAAAGAAGUUGGUGACUCUGGACUCCCAAAUCCAAAUUCUACUUCUCUGCUUUUUUCACUUCUCCCCCUAAAGACCAAGACUUUAAUUUAUCCUGACUCUGGCUGACCCAAGGCCCUCCAGGGAGAUAACCCAUACCCUACAACUAUGGACUAACAAAAUAUAUUCAGGAUGAAAUGCUAUUAAUCAACAUUAAUGCACAAGCCUUAAUAUAAUGCUUUAAAAAUAUUUCAUUUUGUCUUCCCAACUCUUGUGCUAUUAUUUCCAAUUUUAAAUAUGAGGAAACCAAAUCAGUUUUGUUAAAUGACUUGUUCAGGAUCACAGAGCUAAUACCUAAACAUAUUUGAACAUAGGAGAACUUGAAUUUACAUAUUCCUGAUUCCAAUUCCAGUGAGUCACCUGGGGGCCUCAAAUAUUAAUGGAUUGAGAUCUGUAUCCUGAGAUUAAGUAUCAACAUAGAGUUUAUUUUGCUGAAGCUACUUUCUCAUUUGGUAUUUUUGCUGCUUUCCUAAGAAUUUCCAAGUAUACCAUCAUAUUAUUAGCAAAUAAAGGAAGUUUUCAUCUAUUUUUAUCUAUAUUCCUUUCAUUUCUUUCUCUUGUCUUAUUGCUAUUGCUAGCAUUUCCAAAACUAUAUAGAAUUAUAGUGCAGGAACUGAGCAUCUUGCUUUAUUCUCAUAUUUACUGUAAAUCAUAGAUCAACUGAAGUUUAUCUUUUUGGGGGGUGAUUGAUGGGGAGCUUAAGAAUCAAAGCCAGGCGAGACUUACAUGAACUGAUGCUGAGUGAAAUGAGCAGAACCAGGAGAUCAUUAUAUACCUCAACAACAAUACUGUUUGAGGAUGUAUUCUGAUGGAAGUGGAUCUCUUUGAUAAAGAGAGCCUUAAUUGAUCAAAGAUGGACAGAAGCAGCUACACCCAGAGAAAGAACACUGGGAAAUGAAUAUAAACUGCUUGCAUUUUUGUUUUUCUUCCCGGGUUAUUUAUACCUUCUGAAUUCAAUUCUCCCUGUGCAACAAGAAAACUGUUUGGUUCUGCACACAUAUAUUGCAUCCAGGAUAUACUGUAACCUAUUCAACAUGUAAAGGACUCUUGCCAUCUCGGGGAAGGGGUGGAGGGAGGGAGGGGAAAAAUCGGAACAGAAGUGAAUGCAAGGGAUAAUGCUGUAAAAAAUUACCCUGGCAUGCGUUCUAUCAAUAAAAAAUUAUUUAAAAAAUUAAAAAAAAUUUGUUUAGUAUUAAAGGAGUAUUCAACCCUGGUCUGUUUAUCAGAAAAAAAAAAAAAAAAAUCAAAGCCAGGGAACCUUAGAGAGUUUUUGCAUAUUGACUUAGUAGGAAUAAUUCAAAUGUCUAGAGUCCUGGGAAUAAUAGGCUGGAUCUGAGAUUUCACUGAUACCCAAUGUACCCACCCACAAGUUUCACAAGUACCCAAAUGAGAAGACUUUCUCAACCAAUACUUGUGGUAAUCUCUUCUGCAAUUUGCAAGUUAUAAUAUUGAAGUCUUGCUGAGAGCAAGAAAAAGAUUGUGACACUGUCCUAACAUAUUAGAUCUUUGUCUCUGAAGCCGGAUUCUCUACCUAUGCAAGGUUACUUAUCAGAUAUGGUAGAUAAGGUGAUUUUUCUCUUCUCCUCUCCUCUUUCUUCCCCUCUAUUUGACUUUAUCAAGAAUUUGGCUUAAAACGAAAAUAAAAAGAAGUAAAUUCAAUGCCCAUCCAAAAACAGGCCUUUUAUUCCUCUACCUUUGGGGUAGUGGUGGUGGUGGAAGGGGGACCGUCUCCAGAUAUUCGAUGGUGUUAAAAAUGACCAGCACCAGGAAGUCGAUGUCUAGAUGCGUUCUUUAUAAAUAGCACAUCAGGAUCACCUGAUUUUUUUCCUCUUGGAAUGAAAACUAGGGUCAGUGGGAUGGAAGACCACAGUCAAGAAAACCAGACUGCAUUAGACUUUCAUUUAUACAAGGCUAGGAAGUGGGAUGGCUAUACACGUGAGUAGAUAUCUCCGCCUGCAUGCCAGCCAACUCUUCAGUCUAUCGGGCAGCGUACCCUUAAUAAGGGCCCACUGGAUCGCAAAAUCUGAGCCUUGGAGAAAACGCAGCGUCUCGAUUUUGGAAAGGUGGAAGGAUUGCGCAGGCAAGCAGUGCAUGCGCAGUGGGACGGAGGAGGUGGAGACAACUAAAGAAGGAGGGAGGGCUGCUGUUUAUUUGCAGCUGGACCAACUUGCCUGGGCAGCGGCCAAGCGCGGGUCUCGGGUAGUGGGUGAGUGAGUCAAUUUGCUGCCGCACCAUGCUGGUUGUGGGCUCACUGGUGCUGCCAUCUGUCAGAACCCGGGCAGGGGAGAAUGCCAGAAGCUCCGGAGCAACCAGAGCAGUAGCAGCAACAGCAGGAUGGUGUUGACAACCUCUGCCAGUGGUGGCGUCGGCUGCGGCAGCAGAAGGCAUAGGACUCUCUCGGGCCAGCGCCAGAGGAGCUACUGUCUGGCGCCGGGGGAGGCUGCGGUGCUUCUGACCACAGUCUGCUGUCUGUGUUAUGGAAACUCUCUGCGGGGCGAGUUUGUGCACGAUGACGUGUGGGCAAUUGUGAAUAACCCAGACGUUCGCACGGCUACCCCUCUGAGCUGGGGCAUAUUCGCUAACGAUUUCUGGGGCAAGGGCAUGGCCGAAAAUACGAGUCAUAAGUCCUACCGCCCUCUCUGCAUCCUCACCUUCAAGAUAAAUGUAUAUUUGGCUGGAAUGAACCCAUUUUAUUUCCAUGCAGUAAAUAUAAUUUUACACUGCUUGGUGACUCUGGUUCUGAUGUACACAUGUGAUAAAGUUGUCUUCAAGGACCAUCAACUUGGUUUUGUUACUGCAUUGAUUUUUGCUGUGCAUCCCAUUCACACAGAGGCGGUGACUGGCAUUGUGGGCAGAGCAGAUGUAUUAGCUUGUUUGCUAUUUCUAUUGGCCUUUCUCUCCUAUAAUAGGAGCAUGGAUCUGCUUUACAUCGGGGAGUGUCUUUCUCCUACAACUUCUCCAUUCUUUCUGCUACUCAGUUUGUUUCUGGGGACCUGUGCAAUGUUGGUUAAAGAGACGGGAAUCACUGUGUUUGGAGUAUGUCUAGUAUAUGAUCUUUUUUCCCUCCCUCAUAAUAGAGGUAAAUGGAGUGAUCAUGAAGGGCAACAGUGGAUUUCUCAACAGCCUGUAGUCUCUCAACUUGCCUUGCUAUCCUCCUCUCAAAAGGAAAAUGCAAAGCCAUAUUCCAAAGGGACAUGGAACUCGUGCUCUUCCCCAUUGCCUACUGAGCAGAAGAAUGUAAGACUCUCUAUGUCCAGGCCAGCAGUAUGGACUAUUCUGAGGUACCUGACUACAAACAGCAAGCAGAAUUUCCUAUAUGCUACAAGGCCAUUUUUAAAAAGAGCUACUUUGGUCAUAAGCUAUGUGAUUAUGACUUUAUUUUUCCGUAUGUGGAUAAUGGGAGGAUCGAUGCCAUUGUUCUCAGAGCAGGAUAAUCCAGCUUCUUUUUCACCUUACAUUCUUACAAGGUUCCUUACAUAUUCCUACCUUCUGGCUUUCAACAGUUGGUUACUUCUGGCACCAAUUACUUUAUGCUAUGACUGGCAAGUUGGAAGUAUUCCUCUGAUAGAGACCAUAUGGGAUAUACGAAAUUUAGCCACCCUUCUCCUGAUUGUGGUGAUGCUGUUUUUGAUUCUACAUUGCUUAACAGCAUUUAAGAAUCUGAAGCAGAAUGAAGUUUUAGUUGGUUUGCUUUUCCUGGUUUUCCCAUUCCUCCCAGCCAGCAACCUCUUCUUCAAUGUGGGUUUUGUGGUGGCAGAAAGAGUUCUGUAUAUGCCUAGUAUGGGCUAUUGCAUCCUUUUUGUCCAUGGGUUAAACAAGCUCUAUUCAUGGUUAAAUCGAUGUGGGGCUACCACCUUGAUGAUGUCAACAUUGUUGCUUCUGCUGCUUUUCUCCUGCAAAACUGUGAAACAGAAUGAAAUUUGGUUGUCAAGAGAAUCUCUCUUCAGAUCUGGUGUUGAAACUUUGCCCCAUAAUGCUAAGGUGCAUUACAAUUAUGCUAAUUUCUUGAAAGAUCAAGGUCGUAAUGAAGAAGCUAUCUACCACUACAAAACUGCCCUCAAGUUGUAUCCCCAUCAUGCAAGUGCCCUGAACAACCUUGGAACAUUGACCAAAGAUAAGACAGAAGCAAAGGAAUAUUAUCAAAAGGCUCUACAGCUAAAUCCACAGCAUAACCGGGCUCUUUUCAAUCUCGGAAACCUGUUAAAGUCUCAAGGGAAAAAAGAUGAAGCUAUCAUCUUUUUAAGAGACUCUAUCAAAUUUGGUCCAGAGUUUGCAGAUGCCUACUCAAGCCUAGCUUCAUUGUUGGCUGAACAGAGAACUGUUCGUUUCUGCACACAUAGAUUGUAUAUAGGAUAUAUUGUGACAUAUUUACCAUUUAUAAGACUGCUUGCCAUCUGGAAGAGGGGAAAAGUCAGAACAGAAGAAUUAUUUCAGAGAGCUGAGGAAGUUUAUCAGGCCGGAAUUAAGAACUGUCCAGAGAGUUCUGACUUACAUAACAAUUAUGGAGUUUUUUUAGUGGAUACUGGAACUCCAGAAAAUGCAAUGUAUCACUACCAACAAGCCAUCCAACUUAGCCCACAUCAUCAUGUGGCUAUGGUUAACCUUGGUAGACUCUACAGGUCUUUGGGAGAGAACAAAGAAGCUGAAGAAUGGUACAAACGGGCCUUGGAUAUAACACAAACAGCUGAAAUACUGUCCCCUCUGGGAGCACUAUAUUACAAUACUGGCAGAUAUGAAGAGGCAUUACAGAUUUAUCGUGAAGCUGCAGCACUCCAGCCUUCAGCUAAGGAAAUCCAGCUGGCUCUGGCUCAGGUUUUGGCCAUGAUGGGGCAGACAGAAGAAGCUGAAAAAAUGACCAACCACAUUGUGUCGGAAGAGGCUGGAUGCCUGGAAUGUUAUCGUCUGUUGUCAGCAAUCUACAGCAAGCAAGAACAUUAUACCAAAGCACUAGAAACUAUAGAUAAAGCUCUCCAACUAAAGCCAAAGGAUCCUAAAGUCAUUUCUGAGCUUUUCUUCACAAAAGGAAACCAACUAAGAGAACAGAAUUUUCUUGAUAAAGCAUUUGAGAGCUAUCAAGUAGCUGUGCAACUGAACCCAGAACAAGCACAGGCCUGGAUGAACAUGGGUGGAAUUGAACAUAUCAAGGGAGACUAUGUUUCUGCAAGAGGCUAUUAUGAAAAAGCCUUACAACUGGUUCCAAAUAGCAAGUUGCUGAAGGAAAAUCUGGCCAAAUUGGAUCGAUUAGAAAAACGAUUACAGGAAGUUUCAAGAAAAAGAUCAAAUCCAGUAGCACUUUGACUACUUGGAAUAAUUUGAGCUCCCUGAGAGGGGAAAUUAUGGGAGGCUUCAUUUUUACACCAGUGGAGACCAAAUUUGUGUCAAGCUCAGCAUACAGAAAAAUGCUAUGGGUACAUCCAUUGCUAAUACAAUGAAUGCAAUGACAUUUAUAUUUUCAUAGGUCAAAAAGAUUGAUAAAGGGUAAAGAAAAAUAAUAAGGAAAUAGCCUCAUUAUAAUCAACUUUUAUGUUUGGGUUAGCUCUAGAGCUCUUUCCAAAUAUUGUUCUAUCAAUUUUGAAAGCCCAAAUCUUUUCUUAAAUUACCAUGAGAUAAUUUACUUAAUCCUGAGGACCAGUGUGAGAUUAUCUGCGACCUUGGAAAGAGAGUGGUAAUAAAUAUUUGGAACCUUAGAGCAUAGAGGAUAAUAUGAGAGAGAGAAAGAGAAAGAGAAUGACCUCCUCUUAUAUAUAAUUUUUUUUCAUCCUCAUAUAAUUUAUAAGGAAAGUCACUAGAAUUAUGUUUGAAAAGUUUUACUUGUCUAUUUUAAUAUCAUUAAACAUAUGAUAACUUUUAUAAUACUUCCCCUCUAAUAAUUUAACAGAGCUGUUAAAAUUACAAAUGUUAUUCUCAUUGAGAGAUUAUUAUGUCCAGUUAUUCCCAGGUCUACCUGAUUACAUUCUGUCCAUUUUCUUGCCACUCCACUGUGAGUACCUUCUUUCCUUUCUACCUCUUAAGUCUGGACACAGUAAUGAAAUCAACACUACCAUUUUUUGAAAGAGAUGUCAAAUCAAUUGCCCCAUGUUUCCAUUCACCAUACUUAUGAUUUUCCAAAUGAAAAAACCUCAUAUGUGGCCCCUACUUCCAUAUAUAUCAUGUAUAUGUGUAUAUAUAAAUAUAUGAUAUAUAUUUAAGAUAUGAUAGAAAUGAUAUAUCUAUUUCACAUAUAGCCACAUUAUAAAGAUAUAUUAUAUGAUAUAGGUAUGUUAUCUGUCAUGUGUAUCAAUAUAAAUUAUCUUCCUCUAUUUGAAUGUAAUCAUGGUCCUUAAGGAUAGAGAUCAUCUUGCUUUCUGUAUUUUUAUCUCCAGAACUUAAUACAAGUGGCUUGCACAUAUUAAAUACUUAAUAAAAGCUUUUAUAUUCAUUCUCCCAAAUAUUGAUAUUUUGAUGGAAAAAGCAGUGUAAUUUCUCAAGACAAAGUUAAUAAUAUAAAUGAAUAGUAGUUUAUUAGCUUAACAUUGGAUAUUCUAAGUCUCAUUAUUUUUGAGGGGAAAAGUAAAGUAUUGAGAAAAAAAUUUUUAUAGUCAAGUACAAAAGUAUUUUUAAGAAAUCUUUAGAGAACUCAAUUCAUUUAGUUAAUGUUAAUGUUAGUGAGGCCCUAUGCCUAGGACAUGAAGUGAAUUGGAUCCAAGGGCCUUGGUUUAUUUAUUUUAGAAAUGUACUUUUGGUUGUUGAACUUUCUUGAAAAAUACAGAGUAUGUUUUGUUUCAGAGACUAUGAGAGACAGUCUAAAUUGCUAAUUCAAUUCAAUACACAUCUUUUUCUAAGUGAAAGUGGAAGUAAAAUGAAACUCACAAUUUGGAUUUUUACUUUUGAGUGUAAUUUAUUUUUAAUUUAUAAUAAAAUGUUUAAUACAUAUAUGUA